AUGAUUGACAACCUUACCAAGAGUAGAGUCAUUACCUACUACGAUGCUCCUUUGCAGGCGGGCAUCACACCCUCCUGGUCCGACCAGAAUGGCCCUGGUGCCAAGACCACCGCCAAUGCCGCGGAUCGGUCUGAGCUGCGUCAAAUCGAUGCGGCAACGGCGGAGCGGCGGCGCUUAGCCGCGCUGGAGUGGGUGAGCCCCGGAAAGCCAGCGGAUGUUUCAGCGGCAAAGCACCCGAAGGUCCCUGGUUCGGGCUUAACCGAUGAAAGGCUUUUUCUGGCAGCAAAAAUGUUGGCCAAGCGCGAAGCAGACCUCGGUUCCUUCACCAGCGCCCGCCUGCGGAAAGAACUGGAGGAGAUGCUGGGUCUGGAUGCUGGUGGGCUUAAGGCCUUUGGGAGCGCCCAGCUCAUGGGCAUCGUGUUGACCGCAUGUGACGAAGUGGAGGAAGAGGCGGAGCGUGGUACCGGUGGCUAUGCAGGCCCAUAA